GCAUUGACUGAAGAAGUUUAUCUUGUAUAGACAACCUUAUACCGCGAGAAAACCCUUGGACGGUACGAAAGGCGCUUGCGAUUCUCUUAAAUUACCAACUCUACACACAACCUUAAAAUCAUCAAAAUGGGUCGCGGUGGCGGUGUUUCUUCUAGAGGUCGAGGCAAGUUCAAGGUUGCCCGGGGAGGUGGUCGACACUUUUCGCGUGAUCUCGAUCCCAGAUUUAACAAGCCAGUAUCUGAAUCUUCCGAGGAGGAAUCUUCUGAAGAAGAGUCAUCUGAGGAUGAAACCGCCCAGCAAAAUGAACAGCUUGCUCCCGAGAUGGCUGCCUUGAACCUCAAGCUUGGAAACACUGUUGCUCUCGAUGAUGAAGAUCAAGAACCCGGGAUGAGCAGAGCAGAGAAGAAAGCCAUGAAGAAGGCCCAGGGUGAGAAGAAAGUUACUAUCCAAGAGCCUGAGGACAGUGGAAGUGAAAGUGACGAGGAGGAAGUCAUGCCUGCACCCGUACCAAAAGGAAAGGCUAAAGUGGCCAAGAAGGCCGAGCCCGUUCAGAUGUCAAGAAAGGAGCGUGAGGCGGCAGAGAAGAAGGCUGCUGAACAGAGAUAUCAGAACCUCCACGCCCAGGGCAAAACAAUGGAAGCCAAAACAGAUUUGGCUCGAUUGCAAGAAGUCAGGGCUCGACGAGAGGCAGCUGCUGCUCAACGAAAAGCUGAAGCCGAGGAAAAGGCCCAGGAGGCAGCUGCGAAGAAGGAAAAGUUGCUUGCAAAGAAGAUCUGACCAGCUACGUGAACAAGGGUGUUUGUCAUUGAUGUUAAAGUCACUGUGAGGAUAGAAUGCCUGUUCCUUGUUUCUAGAUCAUAAUCUCUUAUCCUGUAUACAUCGGUCUAUCUUCAUGCAAAUAUGAGUCUCCCACCUAUUCAGAUU